GGAGAGGAUAACUCAUGCAGAAAACUUCCGGAAGAAGGAAGUAGGAUAAAAUGGCAACAUCUCCAAAUACUUCGACUCUUUCACCAAGCAAGAAGAAAGAUGAAUCCUUUCUUGAAAAGAUCGGGACCAUGGGUCGUAAAAAGAAAAUAAAGGAAGUCACAGAAUUGCAGGAAGAAGGUAAAAAUGCCAUUGAAUCUCCUACCAGCCCUAAUAUACCAGAUAUUGGACCAGAAGGAUAUCAGCUAGCUGACAAUGAAGAGCGUUCAAUGAUAGAACCAACAUCUAGAGACAACCCAAAACUAAUAGAGCUUAUAAAAGUUCUUUUGGACUGGAUUAAUGAUGAACUGGCAGAUCACCGUAUCAUUGUUAAGGACAUAGAAGAGGAUCUGUUUGACGGACAGAUUUUACAGAAAUUAAUAGAAAAGCUUUGCAAUGUUAGAGUUGAAGCAAGGGAAGUAACUCAGUCUGAAAUUGGUCAAAAGCAGAAACUGAGAGUUGUCUUAGAUUAUAUCAACCAUAUUCUAGGAGUCUCACCCGUUUGGAGCCAACAGAAAUGGAGUGUUGACAGUGUUCAUUCUAAAAAUCUAGUGGCAAUCCUGCAUCUCUUAGUUGCUCUGGCCAGACACUUCCAUGCACCAAUCAGAAUGCCAGACAAUGUUGUAGUUACACUCAUUGUUAUUCAGAAAAUUGACAACUCAUUACAGACACGAUAUGUGCCUGAAGAAAUUACAACUAAUUGGGAUGAUGUGGAUGGCAGGGGAGAAAGAGAUGCUUUUGACACUUUGUUUGACCAUGCACCAGACAAAUUAAAUGUGGUCAAAAAGACGUUACUAACUUUUGUGAAUAAAUACUUGAUGAAAUUGAACCUGGAAAUAACAGAUUUGGACAAUCAGUUUCAUGAUGGUGUCUUCCUGAUCAUGUUGAUGGGAUUACUUGAAGGAUACUUCACUCCACUCUAUCAGUUCCAUGUCACACCUACAACAUUUGAUCACAGGGUUCACAAUGUGAAAUUCGCCUUUGAAUUGAUGGAAGACGCCGGAUUGAUGAAACCAAAGGCUCGUCCAGAAGACAUUGUGAAUCAAGACCUGAAGUCCACCCUUAGAGUCCUCUACAACAUCUUUACAAAGUACAAGUCAAGUCAUGGCAGCCAGGCUGUGCCAGUACAGUAGAGACUGGCCUCGCUGGUACAGUUAGGACAUUCUAGGCUGUUACAGUAAAGGGAGUCUUUAGUCCAAACAUCAGGGAACAGACAUUUGUCGAUCUUCAUAAGGGCAUGAGAGACACAUUUAGACAUGACAGUAAAUGAAGCUUAAGAUUUAAUAGUAUUAUAUUCAAUAGUCAGAAACGACAACAAUUGGUAUUCUAUUGUAUAUGUUCAGUUGUAAAUAGCAGGAGACGCAGUGACAAGAUUAAUUACAUUUGAUGUACCAUUUUACCAACUUCAUUAUUCUAAUGUUAUUUGUUAAGUUACUGUGCUCUAACAGGCAAUAAGUCAAUUUGUAGUCUUGUGUACACAAUUAUAUUAAAUAAGUAUUGUUGUUAUUGUAAGCUUAAUAAAUUUCCUAAUAAUAGAUAUGUUUAAUUUCUAAGAAAUUUAGUAUUUAACAAUUUUAUAAGUGUCAGUGUUUUUUGGUUAACAAAUGUUUUAGUAAAACAUGUAUGUGUAACUGAGAAUGUUUUAUACAUUUUUUUUGGUGGGGGGGUGGGUUCCAAAUGAAAAAAACAACAACUUUUAAGUGUAUGGUGAAUGAAAGAGGAUAAGAAUUACUUGAAAGUCUAUUCAAGAGAUGCUUGAGGAAACAAAAAAAAGAAAAAAAUACUGACCUGGCUUGAUCAAUGUUCCUUGAGUUGCAUGCAAAAUUUUUGUUUUGUUUAUAUUUAUAGGUAAGUGUGUAAAUAAUUCUAUUUAGUGGCUACGUAAGACUAGGAUACCAGAGGCUAGAGGUGCACUGGAACAACUGGUAAUGCCAGUAAAGGUCCUCAUCCCACAGAGUGCACAGCAGUUAAUUUGUGGCUUUGAGGUUCACAAGUUUGGCUUCCUUCCUUCUUCCUAGUCCACUGUGUACAUUCUAUAUCAACACUGCCUUCAUUGACUAAAGGUGCUAUUUAUGUUAUUCAUUAUGUAUUGCUUCUCUGUGAUUGGAACCUGUGUGCUUAACACUCAUUUAGACUUGUACUGUCAUUUGUUUUGUAUAUAUUUAUAAGUAAUGGUUCAUUUCAUUUCUAAUUCUUGACCAGUGAUAUUUAAACUAGGUUCUUCGCUUAGCCCUUAGCUAACUACUUGGGAUACAGGCAACCCUUCUUCCAUCUAAUAAAAGUUUUAAGACAAGGUCUUAGCUUAGUCCAGAGCUAAAUACUUGGGAUACAGGCAACCCUUCUUUCAUCUAAUAAAAGUUUUGAGACAAGGUCUUAGCUUAGUCCAGAGCUAAAUACUUGGGAUACAGGCAACCCUUCUUUCAUCUAAUAAAAGUUUUAAGACAAGGUCUUAGCUUAGUCCAGAGCUAAAUACUUGGGAUACAGGCAACCCUUCUUUCAUCUAAUAAAAGUUUUAAGACAAGGUCUUAGCUUAGUCCAGAGCUAAAUACUUGGGAUACAGGCAACCCUUCUUUCAUCUAAUAAAAGUUUUAAGACAAGGUCUUAGCUUAGUCCAGAGCUAACUACUUGGGAUACAGGCAACCCUUUUUUCAUCUAAUAAAAGUUUUAAGACAAGGUCUUAGCUUAGUCCAGAGCUAAAUACUUGGGAUACAGGCAACCCUUCUUUCAUCUAAUAAAAGUUUUGAGACAAGGUCUUAGCUUAGUCCAGAGCUAAAUACUUGGGAUACAGGCAACCCUUCUUUCAUCUAAUAAAAGUUUUAAGACAAGGUCUUAGCUUAGUCCAGAGCUAAAUACUUGGGAUACAGGCAACCCUUCUUCUUCUUCUAGCUCCUUCUCUAGCCUGAAUAUGAUACUUCGGUCAGAAUGUUUAAUUAAUUAGUGUUUACAAACUAAUGCAAGGUUUAGCAUAUUGUAGGCUACUUUAUUGUUAGAAGUCUGUAAGUAGAAAUGUGUUACCUGCUGUUAUAUAUCAUGUAACUUAAUGGAUUGCCGCUGUGUAUACAUUGUAGGCAUUAUUUCUUUAAUAAAAGUAUAUUCUUUCAUUGGCA